ACACUAGCCAUUGCCGCUUCAACUCGAUCAAUCGACCAGUCGCCGUCUGAUAUCAUGGCAUCCAACCUCGAUUCCCGGAACAGCUUCAUCGGUGAACCCCAUGUCCCGAGAGCUCAGCCUAUCCUCACUAGAGCCUUCAUCGAGGCCGACUAUACAUGUAUGACAAGCCAACAGAUCACCUACUACUUGGAGCGUAUCUGGGAAUUUAGUUCCAUAUACGCCUUCACAUUCCCCAGACCCAUGGAGGUAGCUGCUGGCCACCGUUACUGGCUGCCAAACGGUCUUCUAGCUGAGGAGUGGAUGAUGCUCUUCACAUUCGUCCCUCGUCUGCUUGACCUCGCGCCACCCGAGGUAAGGACGGCGUAUGAGGAACAGGUCUACAAUGUCACCGGACAUUGGCAUAGCUUUGCAGAGAUCAUAGAAAGAGAAAAAUACACUCCUGUAUCUUUUGGCAGAUACCCUUCUACGCAGAUGGCAGAAAACCCUUUCCGACAUGGCUAUUACCAGCCUGGAAGGGCACGCUUUGUGGGUCCAGAGACAGCCGAGCUGACCACAUACCCGCUCCCGAUUUCAUCCUCAGGGUUUGGAUCUUUUUUGUUUCCUUCGUCGUUUACAGCUCCUGCAAAUUUGGGUGUUCAGCAGUCCUCUUCCCUGACCAUCACACCCCAGUCGUUACAGCUCAUGCAGCCCAGCCAGCCCAGCCAGCCCAGCCAGCCCAGCCAGCAGACAACUCAAGGAAAUUUACAGUUGCCAGUGGCCUCAAUUACAGGCCCUCAACCAGGUACAUCGUCUGCGCCUAGCCUACCGAUCUUUCCUUUGCAGUCUGUUCUCGAUGGUACAGCUGCAUUUGAGCAGAAUCCAGCGGCUCCGCCGAUAUUCACCCAACUACUCCAAGCAAGGGGUAUAACUGCCCCUGGGUUUCGACCGGGAAGUCAGGUUCCAACCGACAACGGGAACAAAGCCUGGAGUGCUGAGCGUAUUCGAGCCUUUGUCGAGAUCCAGAAUAGAAGCAUUCACGCGCUGCCAAGUACUGCAUUCUCUCCACGAGGCACUGAAAUGUCUAACCUCCGGACGCCUGAAUCAAUCGACGUGACCUGCUGUCCUUUCGAAACGUCGCUUGAGGAGAACUUCACAUACUUCUCAAACAUAUGCACGCUCAAUCGACAGAUGUGUUUGCGAGCAAUUGAGCAUUGGCAGCCAAUGGACAUAGCUCGUUACAUUAACUAUGCACACGAUCUCCAAACAGCAGGGAUCUUUGGUCGAUCGAAAAUCGGGCAUCACUUCGCAAAGGCCAAGGAAUGGGGUGAGAGCCACCCUGGCCAUGUUCUCACUGCCUCUUUGCAGCAUACUAGCACAGACAGUGGAACGCGUGGCGCUAACAAGGACGUACAUGACUACUUCCUCCAUAGUAUGGGUGAUGGAGUGGUCCGACCACCUCGCGGACCCUACCAAAACAGUAACAGUAUUCCUGCUUUGCACUCUUGUCUUCGCGUGGGACCCAUGCAAGACUUCGUUAGUCCAAAUUCGCAGAUGACGAGCGUUUUCUAUCAUGAAAGUACGCUCCAGCACCCACCGGCCCUCGCAACCCUCCCCUGGAACGAUCCAAGGGCGACGUACACGCCAGGACACUACACUCCGAGAAACCUUCGCAGAGACCACCUAUUGCAGAGCAACGAGUAUCACCGUCGUCGAGUUGAAGCGGUCAUCGAGUAUUCUGCAAGAUUUCAGUGGGUUCAUUUCAGAGAUGUGCAGGAAGAUGACGACUUGAUGUAUUGCUUCACGCCUAGACCACACUUUCGACUCAUCGAGGCGUGGGUGGAGAUCUUCCUUGCUACUCCACAAUGCUAUCUAAUGAUGGCUCUAGAAGAAGUUCGAGUCGCGUUCUUCGAGCAGACCAUGAGUGUCCCGAAUUCUGUCCAGAUGCACAGAGGACAAACUGCUACCUCCACAGCGCAUUCAUUGAAGCGCAAAGUAGCCAUAGCCGAGGACAGCCUCCAGAUAGAGUGGACAUAUGGAGUAGACAACAACGUGGAGGAGCGCACAACUGAAUCCCGCAAACGGUUCCGCAACGACGAUACAGCACCAAGAAUUGAGCAAUUUCUCUCUUCCGGCUCACCGUCAGACCUAGGACGUGUUCUUGAGACAGUUGUAUCGGAUAAAAUCACGCAGCAGCCCACUGUCUCCCAGGCCGCAACACCCUAUGCAUCUGCGGCAUCGACAACGACAGUAUUAGCGGCACCUGCAGUGGCGGCAGCAUUUCAAGUUCAACCAACGGUACCCACAACUGUUCCUCCAGCAACGGUAGCUGUCCAGGCUCCCUUAGCGGAUCCCAUCGCUGCAAUGAUGGCCCGCUUUCCAACUAGAAAUACACUGGAUGUUUCUGGUAGGGGGUUUAAGGGUGUUGCGAUGUCGCGUAGUCAAAUUCGCGCUCAUCUCGAGAUCGAAGGAAGGACACUAGCAACACUCCCAUCUUCAGCUAAUUCCGAUGAUCGCCACGAGAUGAGAGGGGUAGCACCACCAAGAACGGUUGAUCCCACUCUGAUCAACUGUGUUACUACCGCACAGGAGAUGUUGACUUUUCUUCCUUAUCAGACCGUAAAUUACGAGCUGUGGGAUCGUAUACGAAAGUCAUGGUCACCGAAAGAAGUCGCUGACUUCAUGUCUUACGCUCGUCAACUACAAAGUCCCCGUAGCUACCACCGUACCGCAUUCCACCACGAUCAUGACGGCCGGCCGGCCGAUGUGCCGACACACACUUUCACAACGAAUGUUCCUUCGAACAUGUCAACGAGAGGGAAAACGGACAAGAAGGCCGAUCGACCGCUACACGACUACUUUCUUUAUCAUCUAGGUGAUGGUGUAGUCAACUACCCCACUGGUCGCGACGCCCAGCUCCUCACGCGUUGUGUUCAGCAUGCCCGAGACGUGUCUCAUGACAUGAAUGUCAGGAUGUCAGAAAUCGUUCACAUCAUGGACCCGUACUUUGUUCCAACCGUCUCCCUAGGUUUCUACUACCAGUCAGCGCCCAGUGAGAUAACUCGCGAUGAGCUCCGCGCUACGGCAUUCACCCGCACACCAAUUGUACGGAAGGUCAUCGAGGACUUCUGCAACUCGAGUGAGCGCCUAGAACAGAUUGGUGCAAUGAUACCUUCACCGAGUGGUCUGCAGUAUUGGGUCAUGGACUCGGUGACGAUGGAGUCUAUCCUUGUCGCUGAGUGUUAUGGGCUUCUGCAAUUGGUGCCUGAGUAUAGAUCGCGCGUCCCUACAGAAGUGCGAGUGGCCUUCGAGGCCCUUACUACACCUGAGCUCAGGGGCCGAGCUCUACUCCACAGUCUCUCACACUACCUGCAGUACAUCAACUGGCGAGCGAUUCAGACCAUCCAAGCGCAAGGCCAAGCACUGCAGAUACAAGGAAGUAGUCUCCAACCUUCUUUGAGGGUGCCAACGAUAGUACACCAACCAGCGGUUCAGCCCAUACAGACCAUUGUCCUCACCCGAGUAGGUCAUGUCUAUGUUCCUCGAGGUCCCCGUACAUCUGGUAUCCGUCCCGGAGGCGUAAGCGGCACUUAUCAAUACGAAUGGCCCGAGUCUCGUAAGCUGGCUUGGAUUCUCAUCCUUCCUCGAUCUACGGCCCUACCUUCUCGCGCUCUGUCUGACUCGUAUUGCCGCUUCAACAGUGUUGCACUGUGGGAUCAUGUCGACAUCCGUCGUCUUGGGCCGAACAUUCAGGUGACCCUGGUAGAAAUUGUUGCAUUCUUUCCUCGAGCAGCCUCAUCCUGGAGAGCUCUGUGGAAGCGCUUCGACGCAGCAGGCUGGACUCUCUCCACGCUACGCAUGCUCAUCUUCUGGCAGCGAUCGCUCGGUACGGCAGACCUACGGGCCCACAGCUUUGGCAGUAUGAAGAAGCACCGAAGAGACGCUCAGAAUCACCAAUGCAGUGCUGCUGGCUUCACCCUCGACAGCAUUAGCACUGAUCGCGUCAGUUCAAAUGUCGACUUCAACGAUCUUCGCGACUGUUUUCUCGUCAGCUUAGGUGAUGGUCUAGCACACUUCCCUCAAGGUGCGGACCAAGGGAGAUUGACUAUCGCUGUGCUUCAUGCUCGCCGCCACAAUCAUAACAACGUACGACUAUCUCAAGUUGAGCAGUACAUUACCCAAGCGGGAUUGGACAGACAGUAUAAUCUUCCAGGCCCAAGUCUUGUUUCCGUCGUCCAGGCUGAUCAAGCGGCUCGCGAUCGUCUCUUCCCAGAUCAUAACUCUGAUCCGGCUCGCAGACAUGAUCCAAACUACGAUCUGAUUAGGAUGUGGUGGAGGACAGGAGGAUAUUCCCAUGAUGUCUAG